AUGUUUGGCUGCAAGCUCGCCAAGAUUUUUGAUAAUUUUGAAGAGAAACCAGUAGCAUCUGGAAGUAUUGUUCAAGUGCAUGGAGCUGGUCAACAGCUGAAGCCCAUAGUAGUUGCCGUAAAGCAGUUACUGGAGAAAGUUAGGCGUCAUAGAGUUAAUGUCGAUGGCAAUGUCUGUACUGUCAUGGUAACCACUUUGGUUCAUGAGAUGUGGAGGCAGCCUCAGAAGACCUCAGUCUACACAAAUGUUCAUCAACUUCUUGAACGAUCAGGUGUGGCCUUGAAGGGAAACUGUUAG